CGGCUGUCACCAGGGGCGGAGCUCGGCGCCGCCGGCCCUCCCCGCGGCUUGCAGCAGCGCCCAGGCCCGGAGCGAUCGCCGUCACCCCGUCACCUCUCCCUUCCUCUUCUCGGCUGUCGUCCUUUCGUGCUCCAGACCACAUCCUGGAGGCCGCUCUCCUGCGCGGUCCCCGGCGGGGACGGUGCACCCCGCGGCCGGGCCUGCGAGCCGCGCGGCGCGGCCUCCUUCCCCCGCAGGCCCACCCCUCGGCGGCGCCGAUUGGCCGCUCCUGGGCCAUCCCCGCGUCCUGGGCAGGCAAGGUCCUCUGCCCAGCGGAAAGUUUUCCGUGCCGGGAGGAAGUCGGCGUUGGAGACUCGGAGAAAGCAGCUCUGGAGGCUGCGGGGCUCUGGGCGGCCAUGGAGGAGCCCCCUUUGCGAGAGGAGGAAGAGGAGGAGGAGGAGGACGAGGGGGACGAGGCCGGGCCCGAGGGGGCUCUGGGCAAGAGCCCCUUCCAGCUGACCACCGAAGACGUGUAUGACAUCUCCUACGUGAUGGGCCGCGAGCUGAUGGCCCUGGGCAGCGACCCCCGGGUGACCCAGCUGCAGUUCAAGAUCGUCCGCGUCCUGGAGAUGCUGGAGACGCUGGUGAACGAGGGCAACCUGACGGUGGAGGAGCUGAGAAUGGAGAGGGACCACCUCAGGAAGGAGGUGGAGGGGCUGCGGAGAGAGGGCUCGGCGGCCAGCCCCGAGGUAAACCUGGGACCAGACAAGAUGGUGGUUGACCUGACAGACCCCAACAGACCGCGCUUCACUCUCCAGGAGCUGCGGGAUGUGCUCCAGGAGCGCAACAAACUCAAGUCCCAGUUGCUGGUGGUGCAGGAGGAGCUGCAGUGCUACAAGAGUGGCCUGAUUCCACCAAGAGAAGGCUCAGGAAGAAGAAGGGAAAAAGACGUUCUGGUUGCCAGGGCCAGCAGUGCCAGCAGUAACAAAGAGGAGAAGACAAUCAUAAGGAAGCUAAGUGCAUGAGCCAGCCCAAGGACACGUGUUUAAAGAGAGUGAGGCCACAAUUUCAUGGUCCAGACAAGCUUGUUGAGCUAAUGGAAUGAAGGAAGGAAGGAGUGGUUUCCUGAAGAAGUAGGUCAUGGUAAGAAGGAUUUUUGUCUUUAUCCUGAGGACAGUGGGGAGCCAUGUCAGAGGUUAAGCUGAGGAAUGACUUAGCUCUGCCUACGGCCACGGUCACUCUGGCUGCUGCUCAGUGGAUGGCAGGGGGUGGCUGCUGUGCUCACCCUGGUGGCUUGGACUGGGGCGUGGGAGUGGAGGAGAUGAGAAGUGGUGGGAUUAGGAACAUAUUUGGGGCGUGAUGACUAAAGUAAGCAGAUGGGGGGAGGGAGGAGUUAAGAACAACUCUUAGGUUCUUGGCUUGGAUGACAGGGUGGGGAUGGUGUCACUUCCUGAGACAGGCGACUGCAGGGUUGGGGGAGUGUGCACAGGUUCAGGGGAGGAUGGGUGAGCACUAACACCAUGUCCAAACACUGGUCAAGGGCUCCCCCGCCCCAUUGCUGGCAGAGCCACAAGUGGCACUCAGGGGUUUGUUUCGACAAGAAGAAAGAGUCCAUAUUCCCAUCACUGACAGCCCACUGGCCAUCUUUGCAUCUUUCCCGUAGCUGCAAAUAGCAUUGAGAUUUGUACUUUGUGAUCAAAACCAUUCUUCCUUUUCAAAACUUUGCAUAGAGGGGGCGGGACACUGAAAGUUAGCUAUUCCUGUCUCAGGGGGUGUCUUUAUAUGUUUUAUCCAAGAACUUACAUGUGAAUCUGUAUUCAUUGCAGAGAUCUGUUUUAUAAUUGUAGGUAACAUUGGGAAGUUAUCACUUAUUCUACAGUAAAAACAACUAAAAUUAAAAAGAAAAAAUGGUGUCAGACCCUAUCUGUGGGUAUAGCACCGUGGUUGCACGGCCCUGAGUCCAACUUCUGAUUCCACAACUUACUGUGUGACCUUGGACCUGUCACUUGACCUUGUGAAUCAACAUUUGCUCAUCUAUAAAACAGGGACAUUGAUUGCACUUGCCUCCUCAAGUUGUCAUGAGUGUGAGAUGAGCCGAUAGAUGGAAAGCCCCCGACAGUGCCUGUCCCACAGUGAGCCCUGAGUGGGUUUUUGAGUCAGUGACCUGCAAGCGCUGCUGACAGAUUUUGCAGGGGGUUCUGCGUCCCUUGCUCCCUUCUCUCUGCUCCCUCUGACCCCUCUCUCUCC